AUGGAGUCAUUCCUUUUGCUGGGUUUACUGGUUGGGAUUAUAUUAAUACGAUUCAUCUUGUGGUCCUGCCUGAGCGCUUACAUAGAUUAUAAACUGUCCCGAAGGUUUCCUGACGCAAGAAAAGAGAACUAA